AUGUCAGACCAGAGAACUCCGCUCCUACACGACCGCCAGGGACUCCCCCUCCCAAUUGGGUCCUCUCAAGUCCAAGACCACCCUAUCUUUCUUCGAGUGUGUCAUUCGCCAUGGCCCUGGCUCAACCAAAGCACCUUGGUCUACCUUCGAUCCGCCAUCUUGAGCUACCUCACGGUUGUCGGUUGGAUGCUCAUUGACUACAAGAUCUAUAAGAGGGAGGAUGCCCACACUGCUUGGCGCAUUCUCUUUCAGUUCUCGACGCUGGCAUAUGUCCUCCUGUGGUUCUACCAUCUCGUGGCCUUUUCUUGGAGCUUCACCCAUCUGUACUACCCGGACAUCCAGGAUGGCGAUCAGCGCUGGGAAUCCAGGAUUCUCCGGAAGAUGUCGCCGCCUAUCCAGACCCUACACUCACGCAAGCGGCUUUACUUCAGCCUGUUCUACACCUUUGUUCAUGUGGUUGUAUUCAUGAAUGCGAUCAUCUACUGGACAGUGCUGGUCCCGGCGGAGCAUGGCCAUUUUCCCAAGAAGGACGAGGCAGCUGACGAGUCAGUUGAAGACUUCUUCGGUGAUGGAUGGUUCAAGCCAUUUUGCAUCAUCAACUUGUGGGGUGUCAUAGCACUUCUUGGUUUCGUGGAAAUCCUGAUCCUCAACAGCGUCAAGCGCCCAGUGCCCGUCCCGACCCACAUCUUUACCAUCAUGUUCUUUCUGUCGGGCUAUCUUGGCUGGGCUGCGUUCGGCAAAAUCUUGACUGACCAUUACCCCUACUUCUGGAUGGACCCCGAGGCGAUGGAAAAGACCGAGAUUGUUGCCGCCUACUCUUCCGCGUUUGUGGGACUGGGCGCAACAGUAGUUUUUGCCUUCAUAUAUGGGCUCAUCGGCAUACGCGAAAACCUCACGAAGAGGGACGAACAGCCAGCCCAGUUCAAUGCUGUCCAAUUUUCUGUCGCGGUUGACGGCGGAGAAGAGUUUCAGAGAGCAAAUGGGCAGCAACAACAACGCUAA